UUUCCGAAUAUAAAAGGAAGAAUCGAACCUUAUUCUAUCAAAUCACCAUGAAGUGGCUGAAGUUAAUAUUGUUCAUAUGCAUAUUGGUAACUACUGCUGUAUCAGCAGUAAAACCAGAUGAUUCGGAUGACUCAAUAAGUGUUUACGACCAUUAUCAAGUUGAGGAUGGUAACAAAACAGCGGCUGUACCAGUAGGACCCAGAAUAGGACCAGCUCCUGAACCCGAUCACAGAUCAAGGCCUGAACCAAGACCACGUCCUGGUCCUAGACCAGGACCGGGACCAGAUCCAAGGCCUAGACCAAGACCCGAUCCUAGACCAGAUCCUCGACCAGAACCAAGACCAAGGCCGGAACCUAGGCCACGUCCUGGCCCUAGACCAGGGCCAAGGCCAGAACCAAGGCCCAGGCCAAGACCCGGUCCCCGACCCGAACCCAGACCACGUCCCGGCCCUAGACCAGGACCGAGACCGGAACCAAGACCCAGACCAAGACCCAAUCCCAGACCCGAACCUAGACCAAGACCCGAACCUAGACCUCGUCCAGGUCCUAGGCCAAGACCAAGGCCAGAGCCCAGACCGAGGCCCGAACCAAGACCUCGCCCUGGACCCAGACCAGGACCAAGGCCUGAUCCUAGACCAAGGCCAAGACCAGAUCCUCGCCCUGAACCUAGACCAAGGCCUGAUCCUAGACCAAGGCCAAGACCAGAUCCACGACCUGAACCCAGACCAAGGCCUGAUCCUAGACCAAGGCCAAGACCAGAUCCUCGACCUGAACCUAGACCGAGGCCAAGACCACACCCCCGACCCGAACCUAGACCAAGGCCUGAUCCUAGACCUCGUCCAGGACCCAGACCACAACCUAGACCACGGCCAGAACCAAGACCGAAGCCUGGUCCCAGGCCAGGACCAGCACCAAGACCCAGACCGAGACCAGAGCCCCGACCAAGACCACAUCCCAGACCAACGCCUAGACCAUGGAGAAGGAAUACUUAAGUACAGUUUCCAGAGUCCUUUGAAGUCUUAUCGACCCCAAGUCUGAAGGCUUCUGACAAUCAUAAAUAAGUUUUAAGCAAAUAUUGUGAUUAGUAGUUAUUUUUAAGGUUAACUUUUGAUUCAUAUCUAUUAAUUGAUAUAUCAAAAAUAAACAAUAACAUACA